ACCAGAUGAAUCCACAGAAGAACCUCCAUGCGGUAAAGGUACGCCACAUGAAUCCACAGAAGAACCUCCAUGUGGUAAAGGUAAGCCAGAUGAAUCCACAGAAGAACCUCCAUGCAAUGAAGGAAGUAUGGAAGUUCAAGCUCCCGUAACCUCACUUCGAGCCAGGCGAAUGAGGAGGCGUCUACAAGGUGCGUCAGAGGAAUCCACAGAAGAACCUACAUGCGACGAAAGCGAGGAUGGUACGCCAGUUGAAUCCACGGAAGAACCUACAUGCGACGAAAGCGAGGAAGGUACGCCAGUUGAAUCCACAGAAGAACCUACAUGCGACGAAAGCGAGGAAGGUACGCCAGUUGAACCCACAGAAGAACAUACAUGCGACGAAACCGAGGAAGGUACGCCAGGUGAAUCCACAGAAGAAACUACACCAGAGAAAAGUGGGAAAGGUACGAUAGGCGAAUCCACAGAAGAACAUACAUGUGACGAAACCGACGAAGGUGAACCCACAGAAGAACAUACAUGCGACGAAACCGACGAAGGUGAACCCACAGAAGAACAUACAUGCGACGAAACCGACGAAGGUGAACCCACAGAAGAACAUACAUGCGACGAAACCGACGAAGGUACGCCAGGUGAACCCACAGAAGAUCAUACGUGCGAAGAAACUGAGGAAGGUACGCCAGGUGAAUCCACAGAAGAAACUACACCGGAGAAAGGCGGGAAAGGUAUCUAUUUUAUUCAUAAUGAUUAA